UCGCGCCGCGCCUUUCAUUCUACUGGUGGGAAGGAAGCACGCGCGAGGCUUUCGCUUAAACUUCACCUGGCCCGCGAGAGCGACGCUCUCUCCACGUCAUUAUGGGGUCGUCUUCCAGUCUUCUGGAUGAAAGCAAAUGCAGCUUCAUAAAAGGACGGGCACAGGCUGAGCUGGAGAGCUUCGCGCCCGUCUACAGGAAGCAGUACCUGCUGGCUUUCCUGUCUCACGUCCACGACGAGCAGGUGCAGCGUAAAGAGGAACACACCCAGAUCCUCAAAUGCAGGGAACCACCACCGGAAUCGGACGUGCUCUACAUGAGCAAUGUUCUGAACUUUACCGACCACAGGAAGUGGAAGGAGAGGUUUGCAGUGGUGCGUGCCAGUUACUGCCUGGAGUGCCACGAGACCUUUGAGUCGUUUGAGAGCGGCACACCGCCAGUAUACACGCUGCUACCUACAGGGGGUGCCAUUUUCACCACCGAGGAAAAAUACAUGGAAAGAGUAGACAAGUCCUUCCCGGACGCUAAUGAUAAGAACGACGACUUCGCUCCACCAGCAGACAGCAUUCCAGAAGACUUCCCAGUUUACCUGCAGCUUCCGUACCGGAGAGACUACUACUUCUGCUUCCAAGACGAUGACCAGCAAGCGGCGUUCAUGUCCAUCUUGUCUGACUGCAUUCGGCACCAGAACCAAGACUUCCUGAAGAAGAAAGACUACGAGGUGCAGGCCUUCGUCAAGGCGGUACAGCUUUACAGGCAGAGCGCGGGCCACUAUGAAUCCUGGGACAUGCUACUAGGCAGCGACGCACGGGUGCUGGCUAAUCUAACAAUGGAGCGCUUGUUGCCAACUGUAGGAAAAGUCCUGCUCUCUAGUCUGAAGGCUAAGAAGUCUGAAAAGAAAAGAAUGUGGUUUGCUGUAGUGGAGGAGAUGUACUUCCUGGUUCAACAGACCAUGAAGGAGGGCAUGGCCUCUCUGAAGAAGCAGUGCACUGAGGCGGUGAAGAAACACAGCGUACUUGCGCGCUCCGACAUGGACCAGAUCAUGACCUCCAGAGCCUUCGUGGAGGCCAAAGUCAGAGCCACGGUAGGCGAAGCGGCGGGCAGAUAUUGCGCAGAGAAGGUGGAGCCGCACCUGCCGGCCCUGCUGGAGGAGGUGAUGGGCCCCAUCAGCCUGGGCUUCCUGGAGGCGCGGAAGCUGAGUGAGGCCAUGAUGGAGCGCCUGUGUCAGGACUACGAGGAGGGCGUGAUCGGGGAAGAGCUGCAGCAGGCUUGGGAGGAGAUAAGACGUCCAGACCUCCAGAGCUGUUAUGAGAAAGUGAACGGACUGAGGGAACAUACCCAGAAACUCCAGCAGAGCUUCUCCUACCCCAGCAGCAAGAGGCUGGAGCAGAGCACGCAGAUAGAAAUCCAACAGCUGGUGGACAACGUAGCAUACACUUUCGAGCUCUUCCUGCACAAGGCUAAGGAGAACAAGAGCAACAUCGCAGAUGCCAUGGUGAAAGCCAGACACAGAGUAUUAAAGCAAUACGACUACGACAGCAGCUCAGUGAGGAAGAUGAUCUUCACCCAGGCUCUGCUCGAAAUCACUCUACCGAGCGCCAGAGCGCACUUAGCUCCCGCUGUCAAAAACGAACUACCAGCGUUUGAACAGUACAUCUUUGCCGAUUAUGUGAACUUCAUCAACGUGGAGAAUAUUUAUGAAGACAUCCUGCACCAGAUACUGGGAGAUGAGAUCAGGAAAGUGGUAAAUGAGGCAGCCAGUAUGAAGAAGUACAACCUGUUCACGGACUCGAGGUUCAACUUCAGCCUGUCGGAAUCUUCCAGAAGUCUGGCCUUCUCCAGCCCUUCCCCUGCCCUGCGCCAUGCUAAGCCUGCCUCCCUGCUGUCAAGCCGUCCUCCCACAUGCCAGUCCCAGCUGGACCUGCCUGUGUCCACGCCAGGCACCGGGGUGCCCGGCUCAAGGCUGGUUGCGCUGGAUAAUGGCACAGCUGGUUCUGUUGUUGACAGGGAGAAGGAGGUGGUGCACACCAAUUCAGAGCCUAGUACAGCGGCUUCCUUCCCCACAGUGACACCACUGGACCCGGCUGGCUCGGUUCACACAGAACCCACACUCUUAAAACCCUCUGUAUCUCCCACUGUAACCGCCCAAACCUUGGUUAACCCAGUUCUGAGGGCACUUGAAAUUGUAAACAACAGGAUGCAAAUCAACUCUAGUUCUGCAGAAGGUGGCCGAGGACUUCUGAACCAAGCAGCACCAAAUGAAGAUCCAAUCAGCCCUGCCCCUGCGUCCAGGGAAACCGAGAAUGCUGCCCCCUGUAGCAUCAACUCAGUUCUAGAAAGUGCUUCAUGUAACAGUUACAGAAAGGGCAUGGUCACAGUGCCCCCUACUGGAGUGGAGAAAGGGCACAACUGGGCUGCAGAGACCGAAGCUGUCGUAGAUGUCCCCCUCGAACCGACAUCACACGUGGCAUCUUCUGAUGAUGCGGUGCGGAUAAGUAAGGACAAGGAGGUGUUAGACAGCACAGGAGACAAGGUGGUCUUCCCCGACCUCAAAGAGCCCAACGAGUCAGUUGUAUUUUCGUGUGAAGCCGUCCCAAAUGCCUCGGCCUCGCUGGCCCUCUGCUUGGCAGACAGCGACGCCUCCUCACCUGCAGGGGGCGCUGCUGAGGCUCGGCCUGCCACCAGACCCCCUGACUGCAUCAAGGAUAUCCGCGACCUGGUGGUGGAGGUCACUGAGGUGGUGGAGAUAGUUCAGCCAUAUCCUGACGUAGAGUUUUGAGCGGGCAGGUGGAGCUCUGGUGUAAAGGCCGCAGAAGGAAACGCGCAGUGAGGAAGGGCGAGGCAUCGUCGUCUGUGAAUGACCCAGCAGUGUUUCUGAAUGAACGGAGACUUACACCGUGGCGCCAAAGCCAUGCCUGGCAGCCCCUUUACUGCGAUUAUUUCAUAUUGACACACUGGGACUAGUGGUUUUAUUGGUAAAACUGAAAUGGGUUUUAUUGUUGUGACCAUUGGAUGUGAGUGUCAUUUUCUGCUAAAGGAAAAACUGGAAGGAGGAAAUAUGUGAUGAAAGUAAUAUAUUCUAUUUAUGCAAGCAUUGA